AUGAACCCAUGGGUGGAUUUAACCCAGGGAGCUUCGGCCCGGGAAGCGGGCCGGAGCCCAGGAGUUGACCGUGCAAAACGAGGGAGACACUGGGAUAUUGGGGAAAUUUCUGCAAGAUUGUUUGACCACAGAGCCAUUUUGCAAGGAGAAAUCAAGUAUUUCAUCAAAGAAUUUGAGACAAAGCGAAAUGACCGGGGAUGCAAGAGACUCGAAGCCAACCUCCAGAAAUUGAAAGAUGUAGAUGAAACCGUCGCUCCAGAUUGCAUAGAUAUCAUGAAAGAACACAUUCCAAACUUGCUUGAUCAAUUGGAGGCAGCUAACAAGAUAUGUUCUAAUCUGCAGAGCAAAGAGGAAAAACAUAUGGAGAUCAAGACACUUGAGGAUCAACGUAAGAAGAGAGAAGAUAAAUGGUCCUAUUUCUUGGAGGAGUUGUCUAAGGAGAGAGAUCGGGAAGACAUCCAACAUGCCAAUGAAAUCAAAGAGAUCGAUGAUCACUUUGCAAAACUCGAAGAAGCACUUGGGACAUCGGCCACAUGAGAGAUGUCAGGGGAGUUUUGCACGAACCAUCUCAUCAGUGAUUGUCAUUGGAAAAUUUACUCUGAGCCAAUCAGAUGCAAGGAUUUCCGUAGCAAUGAAAAUAGUCAGUGAAAAUCAUUGACCAUUUGUUUUGUGAAAUGCUCCCCCGAGUUCGAUUUCGUGAAACUUGUUACAAAUGAUAAAUGUGAGAAUUCUAAGACCACUUUAUCAUCAGCCAAUCGGAUCACUUUAUCAGUAGGUUUUACAGUUAUUAUAUACCAGUUUUGUAAAACUGGGUCCUAGUGAGAAAGGACAAUGGAAUCUACCUACUGUAUCAGAGCUUGAAUCCAUAGAUGAAUGAAAAUGAUAUGCUGUUUAUAAGUUUCCAUGGUUACUUACUAAUCCUGUGAAAGCCAAGCAUCAAAUAAGUACAUAACCUAGGGCUUGUAGGGGUGUUAGUGUGACCAGGGAGUUGUUUCACAAAGAUUUAAGUAUGACUUAAGAGUUGCACUUAAAUGCCUAGUUGCAUGUGUUAUAAAAGGCAUGACCGCAUUGGUCAGAUCAUGCCAAGAGGAUGCACACUACUGCGUAUUGAUCAAUAAGAUUGCAUGUUGCAUAUCAUGCAUGUGUCGGCAUUUAAGUAUGACUCUAUUAAAGUCAUACUUAAAUCUUCGUUAAACACCCCCCCCCCCCCCCCCGAUAACCUUGAAAUUUUCAGCUGUAUAGAAAAAUAAUGGCUUUAUAGUAAAUCCCAAACUCGUAUGGGCAGUGCUUCACAAAGAUUGACAUGACGAAAACCUCCAUUUGAGAACACUAUACCCCAGUUUCCCUCAAUCAAAUCUCUUCUCCAAGUACGACAAACCAUAACUGCCCCAAGCAAGCAAUUUAAGUAUCAAAACACCUGUUUCUUGACCUCGGUCCAAAGAUAACACAACAGCCCGAGCGGCGGUCCCUGCAAAGCAUGCUGUCAUUUUAAUUCACUUACUUUCCUUAUUUCGAGGUCGAUUUUCUUCGUUCGAAAUUGAAAGUGGACUAACAUUGGAUUUCUGAAUACAAUAUGCCUCUGAAAACGUGAUUAAAUAUCGAAUACAAUAAUUUCAUUCCGAAGGUCCUACUCCAGGCAGAGAAGUCUUACGUAAUAGCACAGCUGUUGUUUAUCAUUUCGUCCUUGGCUCAAAGCUCAUAAUCUGGCCUGUGGAGGUAAAAUUGAGACAGCGGGGAUUACCUGGCCUAGCAGGGUUGAUCAGGCGGGUGUUUCAUAAAGCUGUUCGUAAAUAAAGAGCGACUGGUGAUCAUGUCUUGCGGUAAAUGGUACACACCAUUGGCGAUGACUUAGCGGAAAGGAUCACCAGUCGUUCUUAAAGUCGCUCUUAACUUCCGAACAGCUUUAUGAAACGGGCCCCUGGGCUUGGAAAUGAUUUUGGGAUUUAACAAACGCAAAAUGGGGUAUAGUACCGCAGUUUGCAAUCUGAACUGCGGUCUUUCUCCAAACGGGGGUUUGACGUAAUGAAAAUCAGAGUAAAAGGUAUUCUUAUAAUGAUAAUAGCUGGAUUUAUAAAGCGCUUUUUGCCUAAGGAUACAAAGCUCUGCUAUUUUUACCCCAGCUUCAGCUCGAGCUACCAUCACUGGCGCUUAGUGCAUUCAAGGAAAUAAUCCUGCCGGCUACCCAUUCACCUCACCUGGGUCAAGUGCAGCACAGUGUGGAUGAAUUUCUUGCUGAAGGAAAACACGCCAUGGCUAGGAUUCGAACCCACGACCCUCUGUUUAAAAGGCGAGAGUCGGAACCACUAGACCACGACUCGCCCAAUGUGCCAAUGCCCUGCACAUGCACUUGAUAUUCCACCCCAUAAUCUAAUUGAUUUAUUUGCGGUAGAGCACACCCCAUUGUCAUAGUUCGCCCAUCUAGUAAAGCGUUUUAUGAAUUUAAAUUAAGCUCAGCUUAUUUUAGUCAUACUCUGAUUAUGAAGACCCACACUCUUGUUUGUUAAUUCCUAAAUUAUUAUAUUUUUAUUUUUGAAAAUUAUAGAUUUUUUCCUAAUUAUCCAGACCUUUAUGACACUACAACCCAUCAUAUCUAUGACAAUAUUUGUUAAAGAAUCCCAUACUUUGUAUAUUCUUUUCACUUGCUUCGAAUUUUUUUUAAAGCACACCAUAGAAAAAAACUUGAUCCCUCAAAUUUUUACUCCAGUACAUAACUUGUCAACAGUACUGUUUUGUGUUAUGUUUUGGCAAGUCAUAAGAAUGGACUGAAGUGUGAAUACCCAAACUGUUAAAUGAAUUUUGUUUGUCACAAAAUGUAAAAUCAUUUUGAAAUUCAUGUACAUUGUUUAAAGAAAUAAUAUUUUUAUUCGGAAUUCAUCAGUUUUGAAUGAGAUUCUGAAGUCUUUUGUAUUUUGCUUCUUCGCAGUCUUGUUCGUUUACUAUGUAAGGUGCAAUAAAGAAAUCAUCUAAAAAUCA